AAUAGGCGACCAAGAUCAAACAACAGACAUACACAUGUACACGAACCACCGAACAAAAGACCGUAUCUCUGGAAAAAUAAUCGAACAACAUUAUGACUUGAUCCCUCGCCGAGGGUACGUAGGCAACUCACGACACGAGUUCAGUCACCCACCAACUACACAGCUCGAAGGAUGCGCGUCACAACACCCGAAGCACGCUAACACGACAGCACCGACUUCAAAUCAAAAGACAAGCUUCCUUCCUUAUUUCAAAUUUGUAACAAACCAAAAACAAAUGUUUUAAUAAAAUUCGGUUCUUACACCUGGCGGUUCGAGCUCGUUACGAGUCCUAUAUCCAAAAAUCGCAAUAGUCUUAACGGUUGACUGUAAAUCAAGAUCCUGAUCAAGUCUUCGGUUACAGCCAACCCCGCCAAACGAGGGCGGCAAAACAAGUUAACAAAAUCUUUUGUACACCAAACGUACAUCGAUAAAAGUACCUACGACAAAUUGACACACGGCCUCAAAAGAACGGCCUCGCGUAAACAUAGAAAUUACGACAAACAACUCAAAAACUAACAAACCUUUCUCUACUAAAAAGAUAAAGCAACAAAAACAAAUGGGAAAGCGAAAAUAAAAGUCAAAUCCCUGAAACUACUCCUCAACAGCGAAUUCACCAUCCUCGAACUGGCCACCCGCGAGCUUCGUCUUAUCACCUUUGUCUUUCAUCGCAGAAGGAACUUUAGCAAAGAAAUCUUCGGCAGAUCCUCCGUAAUUUGAGGCAGAUCAAGCUUCUCAAUGGAGAAAUCCGAAACCGCUAUCACAUCGAGCUCGGACCCGAGCUAGACCUCCUUCGUUCGAAGAUGAAACAACACAUCCAAAUCCAAAAGGUUAUUGUCCAUGAUCUCCUUAAAGAGAUCUACGUUCGCCAUGACCUCCCUAAGACGAGAUUUUCAAUCAGUUGCGGCCUUCUUCUUCUCCCACUUCUCAUUCAAAGAUACCAGCACGUCCAAGUAGCUAUCUUCCAAAGCCUUUUUAGUAUGGUAAGUUGCGCGACGAAGGUAGUUAGAGGACUUAUUAGCGGAAGAUUCGGCAUCCACCUCCAAAAAAGACUUGCUCGAGGGCCGACUUCCUCUCGUUACUCACGACUCGUAAACGAGCCUCGAGCAAAGCGGUCUGAUUCCCCAUCUUCUCGGCGGUGGCCAGAUGAGCAGCGUUAGCUCGCUCUCAAUCCUGAGCCAUCUUCAAACCGAGUUUCAGCUCCCGAACGACCUUUUUUAUCUCAUAAAGCCCAUCGGAGCGCGGGACAUCCUGCAGACGCUUCUCUAAAGUCGCCGCGAACUCAUUAUUGGCCUCCAUAGCCUUAAACAUAACGAGUCAAAACAAGCUAAAGAUUCAAAGUUACAGGUACCAAAAAGACGACCUUAGCAUGAGCGACAGCCAUCUUCACAUAAGCCUCGCGCUCCAUCAUAUUUCUCAAGGAAGGAAGUGGACAUCCAGCAGGUUUGAAAUGCCUCAACAAGUGAGCGACACUGUCCGGAUCCUCUGUGAUAGGACAAUUCUUGGAAUGUGAAAACUGCCAAUGAAGCGGUUUAGCAACAAACGUAUCACCCCAAGCACCAAGACGAUGAUCUGCACUAGUCAUUUUCGCCUUCUUAGAAGGAUGAUUGCGCCCCUCCGAACCUGUUAGGCUACCCGACUUUGUACGAGCAGCAGACUUUUCACCCUCGAGGUCUUUUCCCUCUUGAGGUGAAGUUCGCGGAAGUCGGGUAUCCUCACGAAGAACUUCUGUGAGCGCUUCGCUCACGUCUCCUGAUCGAAUGCGUUCCGCACUAACGCUGCCAGCUCGACUUAGUAUCCUUUUGGAUUCACGAGGGUUCGUCCUUCUUGAUGCCAUGUCUUUUCGGCAAAAGGAAACAAUAAUCUAUCGGAAGUACUAUGACAAACCCUAAACGAAGUAAGGUUUUAUAAAGACUAAGGCAUCCCCAUAUCUCAACAAUCUAGAUGAAAGAAUCUCGAAAACUAAAGAAGCAAAAGAUAUUCCAAAAACCAUGUUUAUCCAUUAGAAUCGAAACUUCGCGACCAAGGAUCGCGGAAAACAAAAGUCUGAAACAAAAUAAUAUCAAAACAGAAAGAUUAACUAGAAUCGACUCCAUCGGGAACAGACGACCCUCUGGCUUGAUCCACCAAAUCUUCAGAAACCUGAGGAAGGCCGAGCCCGAAGAUUGACCAAUCCGAUACAGCAGCCAAAGCAACGAGACCUUCACAGUCCUUCUCCAUCUCCUUCAAACGAGCGAGCUCCGCGUCCACAUUUAAGCCCCCAUCCUUGAUCUCGUUUAGAAGAUCUAUGUUGGCAACCACCUCUUGCAACCGGAUCUCAACCGACGCCUCCUUCUUUUUGUUCGCCCAUUUCUCCUUCAAAGACUCCAAGACCUUUCGACAUUGUCCCGCGACGUCACGACGAGCAAUGUGAGAAGCACGAUGGAUGUCUCGAUCCCUCUCGACCUCGAGUGUUUCGAUCUUGGCCCUCUGAGCGACGACCUGGGCCGCGAGAGUCGCAUUCUCCUGGCAGUCCUCCUCCAGUCAUCGGUCAAGGCCUCGAUAUUUUUAGCAUCCCUUUUUCCCUCACGCUUGGUGGUUUCGAGCUCCGCCGAAAAUCUCUUGAUCUCAGAGCCAAUGCUCUUGAUCUCCUUGUCAUUACGAGAAACCUCAACGCGAUCCUCCAUAGCUACAACAUACUCAUUGAAGGCUUCCAUAACCUAAAGAAAAGGAGAUGACAAAUAAGAACCUCAAGGAAAGACUGGUCUGUGAAGUUAGAUGAUGCACUAUGGGCAUAAAGAACAGCUUUCAAAACACCACUUGGGACAACACCUUUCAACCUAGUCUACGGAAAGGCUUGCCACCUCCCGGUUGAGCUUGAAUACAAAGCCUUGUGGGCAAUCAAGCUCCUGAACUUUAACAUCAAAACCGCCAAGGAGAAGAGGCUGGUCCAGUUGCAUGAGAUAGAUGAAAUCAGGCUUGAUGCCUUUGAAAGCUCUAGGAUCUACAAAGAGAAGACUAAGGCAUUCCACGAUAAGAAGAUCUCAAGGCGUGAAUUCAAGGCUGGUGACCAAGUGUUGUUGCUUAACUCUCGGUUGAAGAUCUUUCCCGGAAAACUCAAGUCAAGGUGGUCAGGAACUUUUGUGAUCAAGGAAGUAAGACCGUAUGGAGCUGUGGUAUUGACAGGAAAGCGUGGAGAAGAUUUUACAGUGAACGGUCAACGUUUAAAGCUCUACAUGGCUGAUCGGGAGAUUGGUGAGGAAGCCUCGGUUCCUCUCUCUGAACCAAUCCCAGCCUAAGAAAUGAAAAAGAAGUCAAGCUAAGAGGCUUAAAACAAGAGCACUUGAGAGGCAAUCUCAUGUUAUCCUUUGUACAUAUAUAUUAUCUGCUAUUUUGUUAAAAAGGAUUGCAGGUCUGCGCAAGAAGGCAACCAACAAGUUUGGGGGAACUCUGCAUCUCUUGCCCUCCCAAUUUACCUUCCCCUACUUCUAGCUAAGGCUCAAAAUAAGUGUCAUCCCAUCCCUGUGCAUAUUUAGUUUGUUUUAUUCAUAUUUUGUGGUAUUUCUUCAUCUUUACUCUCACACAAGGGACUGUGUGAAGUAAGUUUGGCGGAGAGACCUGUUAUCUCACAUAUUCUUUUGUCAUUAAAUUGACAUAAACUAUAGAUAACAAUUAGAUUCUCUUACAAAAUCAGAAAGUCACAGGUUGCAUAUAAAUAAGAAUUAUUAAAGUAAAAAGAAUACACAUUAUUAAAGAUGAAAAAAAAAACAAAAACACAUGAUUAAAGGAGGAAAAACAAACAAACAUUAUAAAAAAGAGGAAAAAAACAAACACACAUUAUUAAAGGAGAAAAAACAAAAAAAAAACAUUAUUAAAGAAGAAGAAAACAAGCACACAUUAUUAAAGGAGAAAAAAACAAAGAAACAUUAUUAAAAAAGAAAAAACAGAUAGACAUUAUUAAAAUAUGAACUUAAAACUUAACAUCGACUAAUUUCGAAAUAGAUCCUGGUUCAACUUCUCAAAUAGUUGUUUGUUCUUGUCAUUGAGAUGUUCUUUUACAUUUAGCUUUAAGGACAUCUUCAUUUUUUGUUUGAUUCUUUUCUUUCAUCAAUUGAUUUGCCUCCUCUUCUCUCUUGGCUAUUUUGUCCAAUUAUUCCAGUUCUUGCUCUUUGAAUUGUUUGUAUUCAUUCCAUUAUUUCUUGACCACUUCCAAAGCUUCUCCUUUUCUUUUCUUUUUGCCUUUCUUUUGUGAUGUCUCUCUCCCCCAUUGGACGGGCAACGGAUCCUACAGAGUUUUAAUCACUGACAUCACUCGCUCGGGAUCUCUUAGAUCUGCUACUUGUAGAGCCAGUAUUUCCUCCUACCUGACUACCAAAACGCGGUUGAUCACAUACAUCAAGCCAUUCCGACAUAAAAUUCAAAUGUUCAAUAUUACCACUUUAAUAUAAUUCAUGUGUUUUUGCCAAUACAUCAUUUUCCGACCAUUCGAUUUGUUGCAUACGCCUAGCAUUAUCGUAAGUGACAUUCUAUUUGCCCAACUUUUUGUUCAUAUAGUUUAAAAGAUUUCUGCAUGAAGCCCCAUCACGCGGAGGAUCAAAAGAGCAAUGCUCCUUACAAUACUUAGAAACAUUACUCAAAUAUGCUUCGCUUUUAUGGUUCAUGCCAACAAUGAUGUCUAUUCCAUAUUUAAUCCAUCCACUAAGUAGCACCAAAUUUUGAUCAGUGGUCCAUUUAGGACUUUUGCGGCGAGGUUGAGUUGAAUCAUCUGCAUUUGCAUCUGGAAAGGGUUCUCUAACACCGCUCAUGACACCAAGAGCUAACUGUGUAGGAAAUUUGGGAAAUUCUACAUUUGGAACAUUUUGCAUCACAUGUUGGAGUAUAGAAGAAAAACAAGGUGUUUGAGAAAAUAUUGCAUCAUCGAUCCAUAAGUUGGAAGAUAAUUCAGAACAUAUGAUGGAAUGAAGAAACUUGGUGGUAAACCAUAAUUUUGUAUAUUUCAGGGUUGGUUGGAAGUUUGGUUUUUAAAUUGAUCAUUGUAGGGAUUUUGGUAGUUAAACAGAAAAUUAGAAGACUUUUGGGUGUUAACGAGAUUAUUAUUAGGAUCCAUUUAAUAAAAAGUUUUAAAACACUAAAAUAGUUCAUUAUAAUGAAAAAUGACAUUUUAUGUAUCCAUAUGAAAUGAGAGUAGUCUCUAUUUAUAGAUAAAAAAACCAUGAAUUUAGAUAUAAUUUUAUUUUUUUAAAGAAAAUUUUAUUAUAUAAAAAAUGGAAACACAACAUUUUAUCUUAUCCAUAUUUAAAAAUAAAAAAUAAAAUAUAUAUGCACAAGCCGCGCGUGCGUAAACCGCGGGUGCAUAAACCGUGCGUGUGUAAGCUGCGCAUGCGUACACGCACUCAACAUUUCUGCCCAAUCAUGAAGUGCCACGUGGCUGUUCUACGACACAAUUUUUGUUUCAAUGGUUGAAUCUUUACAACUGUGUUGAAUCCACCUAGAUAAACCACCAUAUUUCAACACCCUUAGUGAUGGGUAUUAAACAGUUGAAAUUAAUAUUCAACACCUCCAUUGUGGGUGGGCUAAUGUCAAUAUUGGUGAAUCUAGUUCUCAUGAGAAUAUCAAUAACAUAGAUAACACACAAGUUUUGAAUAUUUCUAUAAUCCUUGAAAAAUAAGAUGUUGGUGCUGCUAGUUUUGUUGAUAUAUAUGAUCCAAGAAAUGGGGACAUGCUUAAUGUAAAAAUGAUAGAAAUAUUAGCAGCAAAUGGAUCAAAAAGGUAUUUUCUGUUGUAGAAGGUCCUAAAAAUAAGGUUAAUAGAAGAUUUUUUCAUCUUGCUACACUUGAGAAUUACAUAAUGGAGAAAUAAGUUGUAGAACAUGGCUAUGUUAUUCCAGAGAAUUAGAUAAAACAAUUUGUUUUUUGUUGUAAAUUUUUAAAGAAACAUAUAAAAAAUGUCAUCUAGCAAAAGAUGGUCUUUCGGACUGGUCUCAUAUACUUCUUAGAUUAAAGGAGCAUGAAAAACUAAGAAACAUAUGCUUAAUAUGAGUGCUUGGAUUGAAUUAAGACAUAGAUUAAAAAAAAACUGAAACUAUUGAUAAAGUUUCUCAAGAACAAUUUAAGAAAGAAAAACAAUAUUUGAAAAUGUAUUAUUAAGAAUUAUUUCCAUUGUGAAAUAUCUUGCCAAAUAUAAUUUGGCAUUUCGUGGAACACAUGAAAAAUUAUAUGAAAAUAGUACUGGUAAGUUUUUAGGAUUAAUAGAGAUGUUAGCAGAAUUUAAUAGUGUUAUAAGAGAACAUGUUUAUCGAAUUACCAAUGUUAGUAUUUAUCAUCAUUAUCUUGGUCAUAAUAUUCAAAUGAAUUAAUUCUUUUGAUUGCUUCAAGAAUUAAGUCAAAAAUCAUUACAAGAAUAAAAGAGGCAAACUAUUUUCAGUGAUGUUUGAUUGUACUUCUACCUGAUACUAGUCAUCAAGAGCAAAUGACACUCCCAAUAAGGUGGUGAGGUAUCACGCGACGACAUGAGAAGCGCGGGGACCGAUCGAGGUGGCAUAGUCUCAUGUUGGCACCGUCGGGAUUUAUCCUCAUUUCUUAUUGUUUGUUAUUGCUUUAUUGAAUGUUCAAGUUAGGUACUUGUGCUAUAUUGUGUGAUGACUGAUGGUGAUUGAUUUCGGAGUUUAGAGCUUUACUCACUGAGUAUUUGUCAAAAUGCUUACCCUUCCUUUCUUUUCAUGUGUGUUCGACGAAGUGCAGGUGUAGUCGUUUCGAUGUGGUGCUGAGUUUUCGGAUUAUUGAGAUUACUUUAAGUUAUUUCAUUUUAAGAUUUGAUUCAUUGUUUUAAGCGUUUAUUAUUUGUUUUAGUACGGUUUCAUAAAACUUUUGAAUUCGAUCUUUGGUAAUAAUAUUUGCUUUGGUCUUUUAAAGUGUUUUUUGUGAGUGGAAGCAAUGUGAAUUUAUGACGUCUCUUUUAAGUAAGAGGCGGACGUGACCAGAUUAGAUUGAUAUCUUAUUAGAUUCAGAAGAUGAUGCAGUUGUCGUAAAUAAUAGCAAAGGGAAGGACGAUACGAGGAAAUAAAGAUGAGGGUGGACAAAUUCUUCCUAUAUAUAUUUUAAAUAUAUUGUGUAUUUUUAUUUUGUAAAGUGGUUUUAAUAGUUAUGUAUAAAUAAACAUUGUUGUAAAUUCGAGGUGAUAUCAAUAAAUUAGGCCCGACUAAAACGAAAAACUCUGAUAAUUUUAGCAGUAUUAUUGUGGAUAUAUACAUAUUGUACCAAAAAUGUGAGAACACCUUUUUUAAUUUUCAGUGUGUCAAAAAAUGAUUCGAGAAGCGUAGAAGGAAAAAAUGGAAACAACUGCAAAUAACAGAAAAGCGCAUCUGAGAACAACAAAAAGGACAAUCUCUUUCUAAUCUGUUGUUGUCGUCGUUGCUGGGUCACAGAUCUCCUCUUUGUUUUUGUUGUUCUUUUUCUCCAAAUUCAACACAAAUCUUUGUGAUUCUCAAGAAAGUCACGCGAGAAACCUAGACGAGGAGACCCAGAAAGGGAAGGAGAUAGAUGUACUAUUAGGGCAUACGUUGCUCGUAGCUCCUCCUCUCGCUCUCAACAUUUGUUUGUUGCGUUGAUUCGUCUCAGAAACAAAAAAGAUUUUCGCAAUUGUGACGUGUGUGCCAAGGAACUAGGUUUAUUUCGAUAUUACGUGAGAUGAACGCAACAUCAAUUCCAUAGGAGAAAUCAUCAAAAACCAACACUUGUAAGCGGAUGAAGCAACAAGCCCCAAGGGUUUAUUUAUUAUAUGGGGCGAGCAUUGGAAUCAUCUGUUUCUCUCUUUUCACUUAGCUCUUGUUGCAAAUCAAAGUAUCUACUAAACUUGGAAUGGCUUGUUCCCAGAGAAGCCUUCCCACAGAUAGGGAGAAUGAGCAGGCGAUAGCAAUUCUGAAGAAAGGAGCGUAUCUUUUGAAAUACGGCAGGCGUGGGAAACCUAAAUUCUACCCUUUUCGGCUUUCGAGUGAUGAAAUCUUUUUGUUAUGGUACUGUGGGAAAACAGAGAAACGUCUUAAACUAAGUUCUGUGACAAGGAUCAUACCUGGACAGCGUACUUCAGUUUUCCGACGAUACCCUCAGCCCACCAAGGAAUAUCAAUCUUUUUCUCUUAUUUAUGGCGACCGUUCUCUUGAUUUGGUGUGCAAGGACAAGGACGAAGCUGAGUUCUGGAUCACAACCCUUCGAGCUCUUCUCUCACGAAACUGCUCUUCUUCAUUAGUACUUCACUCAAGAAGCCGUAGCUUUGUUCCUGACUAUGGAGGAGAACAAAGUAGCUCCAACAAUAAUUCACUUUCCAAUAUCAGAUCAGUCAGCAGUGAUACAAGCUGCGAGGAACAUGCGAAAAAGGCUUCAGGAUCUCACAUUAACACUCCACAGAGACUAGGGAAAGUUUUCUCAGAGGUGUUGUCACAAACAGCAGUACUAAGAGCACUCGCUUUGGACGAACUGGUGCAUAAACCUCAUAACACAUCUCCAGAGACAUUAGAGAAUCGACCUACUAACAAUCAUUCCCCUGCUGUUGAUACAAGUAAAUAUACAGUUUCCAGCGCACUGAGCUCAUCUAGUCAAGGAUCUACUUUUGAGGACUUGAAGUCUCUGUGUGAUGUCUUUGUCUGGGGAGAAAGUAUUGGAGAUGGGUUAUUGUUAGGAUGUGGCGGUGGUGGUGCUAUGCACAAAAGUGAAAGCAGCUCUUCCCUAACGGCUGCUGAAACCUUUUUGCCCAAAGUUCUGAAAUCACACGUGGCACUUGACGCACAGAGCAUUUCAUGCGGUACCAACUAUGCAGUGCUGGUCACAAAGCAGGGACAGAUGUACAGCUGGGGAGAAGAAUCUGGAGGCAGGCUAGGACAUGGAGUUUGCUCCUACGUUCCACAGCCCAAACUCAUCGAUGAGUUUGACGGAUCAGCGGUAGAGUUAGCUGACUGUGGGGACUUUCACACGUGUGCUGUAACAUCCUCAGGGGACUUGUAUACUUGGGGAGAUGGAGCUCACAACGCUGGGCUCCUUGGACUUGGUAGUGAAGCUAGCCAUUGGAAACCAGUACGAGUCCUUGGCCAGAUGGAGGGUAUAAAUGUCAAAACCAUCUCUUGCGGACCUUGGCAUACAGCUUUUGUGACGUCAGAAGGUAAGUUGUUCACAUACGGUGAUGGUACUUUUGGUGCGCUUGGACAUGGAGAUCGUGUGAGCACUAGCGUACCGAGAGAAGCAGAGGCGCUAAGUGGCUGCAGGACAAUAAAGAUAGCUUGUGGCGUUUGGCAUUCAGCUGCUGUUGUCAGUGUUUUCGGCGAGGCAGCGUCGUCGGGAAAGCUCUUUACUUGGGGUGAUGGAGAGGAUGGGAAACUCGGACACGGGGACAAAGAGUCUAGACUAAUCCCAUCAUGUGUAGCUGAGCUGAAUGCAACUAGCUUCCAGCAAGUAGCUUGUGGGCAGAGCGUUACUGUUGCUCUCUCUGCUUCUGGGCAAGUUUAUGCAAUGGGGGUUCUUGAUCCGGUUCACGAAAACGUCGUGAGAGCUCCUUCUUGCAUUGAAGGAGGUCUAGGAAAGAGCUGCGUCCAGGAAGUGGCUUGCGGGUUUCACCAUAUCGCGGUUUUGAACUCGAAAGCCGAGGUUUACACUUGGGGCAGAGGAUCGAACGGGCAGCUCGGGCACGGAGAUACCGAGAACAGACGUUUGCCGACACUUGUGAGAGCUUUGAAAGGAAAACAAGUGAGGAAAGUGGUGUGUGGCUCUAACUACACAGCCACCAUUUGUCUUCACAAACCCAUCACCGGUACGGAUAGUUCUAGGUGUUCUGGUUGUCGCCAUCCUUUCAACUACAUGAGGAAGCUACACAACUGUUACAACUGUGGGAGUGUCUUCUGUAACGCGUGCACUAGCAAGAAGUCGUUAGCAGCAGCCAUGGCUCCCAAGACCAACAGGCCUUACCGCGUUUGCGAUGACUGCUACAUCAAACUCGAAGGAGUUCGAGAAUAUUUAGGAACUCCAGCCAACAACAGUGCUAGAUUCUCAAACGCGAGUCUACAGUCUAGCAUUAACGAGAUGGACGAUUUUGGUACAACACCGCAGCGUCAGCUUCUUAGAGUGGACUCGUUUGAUUUCUUCAGACAGUCCAAGAUCCCUGAUCUCAAAACCAUAGGUGAAACUUCAGGAGGAAGUCACGCCUCUUCUUCAAGUGGUUUUAACCUGAAAGGGAUACGACAACUCUCGAGACUCGCUUCUUUUGAUUCUGUUAAUCAAGAAGGCAAACAACGUACCAAGCAUUGCGCUUCGAAAUCAGACACCUCCUCUCUUGUAAGACACUCGGUGACUUGUGGUCUCCCGUUUUCGCGUAGAGGUUCUGUUGAGUUGUUUCCUUUGUCGAUAAAAUCCAGCCCGGUUGAAUCCGUUGGGAAUACUUCGGACUUCACCGCUGACAUAACAGAUACAGAGUUUCUGCAAGAAGGGACAAAGAAACCAAAUCAGUGCCUUAACCAGGAGAUAUCAGUUCUCAAAGCACAGGUGGAAGAGCUUACUCGUAAAACAAAACAACUCGAAGCAGAACUUGGAACGACAUCGAAGAAGCUUGAAGUUGCGGUCUUAAUGCAGCGUGAUGAUGCAGAGAAGAUCAAAACUUCAGAAGAGAUAGUCAGGUCCCUAACUCUGCAGUUGAUGGACGCGACCAAGAAAGGAGUAGACAAGACAAGGAGACGCCGAAGCUCGUUUUGAUGUAAUCCUUUUAACUAUAUAUAGAGAACAAGAAAGCAAAGAAACAGGGGGAUAGAUUGAGAAUACAAGAUUGAAUGUAAAAUACGACAAGUGUAAUAAUAAAGCUCUAACCAAAUUACAUAUUACAUUUUUGUAUAAUAUUAUUUAACUAUGGAACAAGAACAUAAAACACACUUGUGUUCGAAACUGACAAAACAAAACAAAAUUGAAAGUACAACCUUUUGAUUUUGGUUUUAGUGAAAAAUCAACAGAAGCUUCUUCAUUUCGCUAAUAAUGGCCAAGCUAAUGCUCAUCAUCUGGUUCGCCGUCACCAUCUCUUUCUUAAUCUCGUUUCUCACGACUGUUCCCGAGGUUAGGGUUUAACGGGAAGAUGGAGAAGGAAGAGGUCAAAAUCUCAACUAUCUUAAAUAGAAAAAAUUAAUCUCAUAUACUCUUACUUAAUCUACAUAAUUCUCAUACACUUAAUAAAAUAACAUAAUUCUAAUUUUACCCUUAUUAUUUUUUCUUCCUUUUCAAUUAUCGAUUUUCAAAUUUUAGAUCUCAUAAAUGUAAAACUUGGUAUAACAAAGAGUUUUAGUUUAACUUAAGGGUUUUUUACAGAAUUGACCUACAACUGAAAUUCAAACACAAAACUAACUUCCUUUGUUUUUGGAAAUUGGUUUUGCCUUAUUCACCCCACAAGUUCAUAUAAUUCACGAAAAUGCCAUCAACUUUUUUUUUUAUUUUUUUUCGAAAAUGACAUUUUUACUCUCUCACCCUCAUCAUCUUCAAGUAAUUACAAGAUUGUCAUUGUCAUCAAUACCCUAACCACCAUGAACAACCAAUUUGAAGCUCUUAAUACUCCCAAAAUCGAGUUACCCUUCUUCUCUUUCCAUUCUUAUGAACUAAACACAACUUAUCUCUCACUUUCUCUCCACAUUGAG